AUGCCCGACGAAAGUGAUGAUGAUGAAAUAAACAUUGAAAUGUUCGAUUCCUAUCUUGGCAUUCACGCCCAUUGUUCUCAUUGCAUUUUUGCGCAAUGCUCUUAUACAGAAUGCCCAAUGGAUCUUUGCAAGUAUUGUCAUAUUCCUUUGCAUUGUUGCAAAGUUGAGGAUCACACAGAGAUUUGUCUAAAGGUCCAAGUACCUUGCCUUAACUCACGAUUUGGUUGCAACGAGAUACUGAGAAGAGAUCGAAUCUCUGCCCAUCUUCCCUCAUGUCCAGCUAGUGCAAUUGUCUGCACAAGGGAAACGAAUUGGAAAUGUUUAAAUGAUGAAGCAAAGAUGCAGUUGAAGAGAUGGGGCAAAGGAAUUGAAAGCUAUGAAAGGGUUUCGAUUCCCGAAGAAGAAUUGGAUGUACUCUUGGCUCAAAAUGCUCAAGAGGAAAUCAUUCAGAGCUACAGUUACAGUCGAAAAAGUCGAGUCAGAUGCAGAGAUCGGAUCAAUAACAAACAUCCGAUAGUGCCUUUAAGAAGCCUGUUCACGGAUCGAGGCGAACAAAUCGGUCCAUUGGACAAAGAAAACCACGACCAAGGAGACAGUAGCGAUGAGGAGAGAGCUAUCGAGAAAGCAAAACGAAAAAAACAGCUGGCAAUGUUCGCGAACUGUUGGAUGUGUCAAUAUGAUCCGGCUAGUCAACAUUUGCAUACACUUGGAAAUGAGAAUCAAAAGUUUCGGCAUCAAACAAAGAAAAGGAAUACACCGAAAGAGAUUGGAACGUUCAAUUCAACCAGGAAAUUGAUGUUGGCCAUUGACGAGGAAUUCAUUCCGGAAGUGACGACUAAAGCCGAUAAUAUUUAUUAUUUGAGACGUGGUGGCACUGUUUAUACAAAAGUUUGUCUUGGGGUGAUUCGAAGGGACCACGUUUCGAAUCAUUUUAGAUCGCAACACGCUGAAGGAGAGAACCAAAUCCCUUGCAUGAUCCAACGGUGUCCUCUGUGGCAUCGCGGCUGCUCGUUCUACGUGACCCCGUUAAAACCAAGAAAUGGACGAAUACGCUAUUUUGAUGGAUGUUUCCAUUUCUGUCCAAACACUGAAGAAUCUCCCCUUGCCGAGCGCACUCUUGACACCGUGCCGCCAGUGAUUUUCUUCCAAAUCACAAAAUUUCUCUCCACGGCCAAUCUACGAGUCCUAUCAAUGGUAAACAAAUCAAUGAGAACGAUGUUGUUUCAACGUUUUCGCUGGCUUGGUGUUGUGGAGCUUUUGUGGAAGAAGAUAGACGGGUUCUGGGAGGAAAAUGGAUUUAAAUGGUCUUUUCCGAAAACUGAUCAACCUGCUAAUUUCUCAUACAAUUCUUGUCCAGAAAUGAAUCUCCAUAUUCCGAAAUGUCCCUACUCCGAUCCGAUCGAAUGGAGUGAAGCAAAGGUGCCAGUCUUCCCCGCCGAAUUCCUUUCCCCAAUCUUCGGGAGUGUUGAUGAAGCCAGAGCGGAUCUUUUUGUUUUACCCGAUGUUUGGAGAGGUGAUGCGCCAAGACUAGAGGAUUCGAAAGGAAGACUGAGAAAUGAAUGGAUG